CCGAGGGACAGCGUGUUUACUUGUGCCAUCCUGAAAGAGCCUCUCAGGGUGACAAAGACCCCAUUCACCGGUAACCGGAGCUCGCACGCUGCCUCAUCAACUAUUUGAGCAGGAUGGUGUUUAGGCCUAUCUGUUUGCGACCACAUUAACAACACAGCUCAGGAAAUGUCGGUAACAUAUGAUUAAAGUCUGGUGGCGGAUGUCCUAAUCUCGCCUGACAGAGUAGAGACAAAGAGACUGUAGGCCUAACUUAAAUGUUUUCCUGAGACUGGGCCGACUGGUUUUUUUCCCCCUCAUAGCGCAGGGAGGUAGCAGGUGUGAGGAAGGAGGACCUUAACUUUUGUCCUUGUCAUCCUAGCCCAGGUGGAAGAGAUCAUUAUUCUGAGUUCAACGGAGAGGAGAAUGUGACAGGGCAGUGGACGUUAAGGUUCUAGAACUUCUGGAGUCAAUGACAAAAGGUGCAUGAGUAGUUAAUGGAUAUAUAAGGACUGGAAGUCUGACGGGAUUUCAUGGAGCUAACUCAGUGGGCAACUCAGUGGAUAACAGGGGGUCGUUCUACCUUUCACAGAGCCGGUAAGCGCCCCAGUCUGUGUCGCUGCAAAACAUUUCGAGUGGCUGUUCUGAGAACAUCAUGCUCGUGGGUGUGUUUCACCGCUUUCGUCUGUGGACUCUUUCUCCUCCUCGGAGUGUGUUUUCUCAAUCUCUUUGACCCACGACUCCAACCCCUCCCUCUCACUGGAGUGGAGCCCAGAGAUGUCACCCUUCUGUUGUGGACGCACCCCUUCGGCCGUUACCGCAGACUGCCGGACUGUGAGGCGCGCUUUGGGAUCCGUGGGUGCGUACUGACCGACGACCGACGCACGUACCCUGGGGCUGACGCCAUCAUCAUGCACCACCGUGAGAUAAUGACCAACGCCACGGCGCUCCCGUCUGACCCACGACCCCGUGGCCAGAAGUGGAUCUGGAUGAAUUUUGAGUCCCCGUCUCACACUCGUGGCCUGCAGCAGUUCGAGGGCUUGUUCAACCUCACCAUGACCUACCGUGCAGAUUCAGACAUCUUCCUCCCCUACGGCUACCUGGUGACCCGCCUUCACCCUCACGCCAACGCCCCCCACACACGCCCCCGACGGCCCCACCUACUGGCUUGGGUCAUCAGUAACUGGUCGGAGUCGCAGGCCCGCGUGGCGUAUUACCGUCGGCUGGUUAACUACGUUGACGUGGAUGUGUUCGGGCGUGCAGGCGUGCCACUGCCAGAGGACAGCACUGUGGUGCGCACGGUGAGGCGUUACCUGUUUUAUCUGGCGUUGGAGAACUCCCAGCACCCCGACUACAUCACCGAGAAGCUGUGGAACUCCUUACUGGCCGGGGCCGUUCCUGUAGUUCUCGGGCCGCCGCGGGAAAACUACGAACGCUUCCUCCCCCAUGAUGCCUUCAUUCAUGUGGACGACUUCUCCUCUCCCCGCCUGCUCGCCCAAUACCUGAUGCUGCUGCGCCGGAGCCCCACCCUCCUGCAGAGACACCUGGCUUGGAGGAGGAGCUACAGCGUGCACCUGACCGCUUUCUGGGCGGAGCAUUACUGCACAGCAUGUCGCGUCGUGCGGAACCACAGUCUCCGGACUGACACCAUCACCAACCUUCAGCGCUGGUUUGAGUCCUGACCUCAGUGUGGAACCACAGUCUCCGGACUGACACCAUCACCAACCUUCAGCGCUGGUUUGAGUCCUGACCUCAGUGUGGAACCACAGUCUCCGGACUGACACCAUCACCAACCUUCAGCGCUGGUUUGAGUCCUGACCUCAGUGUGGAACCACAGUCUCCAGACUGACACCAUCACCAACCUUCAGCGCUGGUUUGAGUCCUGACCUCAGUGUGGAACCACAGACUCCGGACUAACACCAUCACCAACCUUCAGCGCUGGUUUGAGUCCUGACCUCAGUGUGGAACCACAGUCUCCGGACUGACACCAUCACCAACCUUCAGCGCUGGUUUGAGUCCUGACCUCAGUGUGGAACCACAGUCUCCGGACUGACACCAUCACCAACCUUCAGCGCUGGUUUGAGUCCUGACCUCAGUGUGGAACCACAGACUCCGGACUGACACCAUCACCAACCUUCAGCGCUGGUUUGAGUCCUGACCUCAGUGUGGAACCACAGACUCCGGACUGACACCAUCACCAACCUUCAGCGCUGGUUUGAGUCCUGACAUCGGACUCCUUUUUGACCUUCCAAUAUGUGGUGACUACUAUGAACAUGAUUGGUCAGAUAUCUAGCCACAACCCAGUCUGUAGCAGGGAAUCUAUAGAAACUCUCUUCAACACCAUUCAGUAAACAGGAAGAAACACUUCAUAUUUAUUGAACAUUAUUGAACUGGGAUUCACAUGUCUGUCAUUUUUGUUGUUGUUAUUAGUCAGUGUUCAGUAGUGUUGUGAAGUGAGUUAGACUGUAUAAGAAACAGAGAUAUUGCUCUCAUCAGCGUGUUGUGUGGAUUGUUAAGACGGGCUGCUUAUGGAGGCCUUAAACUUCCUUAAACUUAAGGACGGGACAGUGGGAUGGGUUCAGCAUCAUGGCCAUGUUAACCCCAGUAGCCUUGAUACUGCCCAGACAUUACCAGGUGACCAGCUGCUACUUAUCCCACACCACUAGACAUGGGCAAUGUCAACCCCAGGAUAAGCCACAACACCAACCCCCGGGGCUCCUGUUCCACCUCCAAAGAAGAUACCUGUGACACACACACACACACACACACACACACACACACA